UCCGAGGUGCUCUGUCCUUCGAUCGAAGCUAAGGCCGAAUCCCAGCCGACGACUAGCACCAUCCAACCCGCCACGGCAUCCACGUCCGAGCUGGCCUGCAUCUCCAGCGCUCUCAUCCUGCACGCUGAUGAGGUCACCGUGACCAAAGACAAGCUUAAUGCCCUCAUCAAGACAGCUGGAGUUAAUGUCGAGUCUUUCUGGCCCAGUCUGUUUGCUAAGGCUUUGGCAGACAUUGACGUUAAUAGUAGUGUUGGUGGAGGAGGUGCUGCUGCUCCUGCUGCGGAAGAGAAGAAACGGGAAGAAUCUGAGGAGUCUGAUGAUGACAUGGGCUUUGGUCUCUUUGAUUAAGUGCCAUGAAGUAUUUGUUACAAAUAAAUAAAUAGAAAUAAAUAAAUAAAUAAAAUUCAAUAUUGUAUCAAUGAAAGAUUGCAUUAACUUGGCCAUUCAACCAGUAUGCAAAAGACAACAAACCGCAAAUACAAAAAGAAAGAAAUAGUAAUAAAUAAACAAUAAACAUCGGGAACAUGAGAUGUGGAGAAUUUUCAAUGAUGGGUCAAGUGAAGUUAUCCCGUCUGGAUUAAGAGCCUGAUGGUUGAGGGAUAAUAAUUGUUCUUGAACCUGAGGCUCCUGUGCCACCUUCCUGAUGGUAGCAGCAGGAAGAGAGCAUGGCCUGGAUGGUGGGGUCCCCAAUAAUGGAUGCUGCUCUCCUGCUACAAUAUCUCAUGUAGAUGUGCUCAAUGGUGGGGAGACUUUUACCCAUGAUGGACUGGGUCGUAUCCAAUACUUUUUUGUAGGAAAUUUUGUUUGAGGGCAUUGGCAUUUCCAUUUCCAUGUCAGGCUGUGAUGCAGC